AUGUCUAAUGGACACAAGCUGUCAGGGUCUGGCAGUAACCAGUCCCAACCAAAAAAAUUCCCCCCUGGGAGUAUUUCAUCAGAUUCCAGCUCUGCUGUUCCGCUCCUCACAGAGGAAAAUGUGAAAAAGCUGGAAAAGGAGUACAUGAAUUCUAAAGAAGCCUUCAAUAAGCAGAAAAUAGAAGAUUAUAUUAAGCAGAGCAAUCUUGCUCUCUCCAGCAAAGAAAUAACUAGAAAAACCAGCAGAGAGCUUAUCUGGGAUGAAGAGCCUGAAGGAGCCUCCUCAUCCUUCCCCACAAAGUGGAGUGAAGAUCCCAAAGAAGUUCACUGGAAGAUCUCUGAAGAAAUUUCAAGGAAAGAUAAGCUAUUAACAGAACUGGCGACAGAUUCCCUAUCAGCUCUGCCCAUUGGUUCUAAGCUGGAGGAAUCCAAGCAGCAUGUCGAUGGUUCUUCUGCCUCCCCCUGCAGCAGCAGGCACCAUGUCGAGGACGUGACAACUCAGACAGAGUGGAGCUAUUCAGUAAUAGCAGAAGAGAAGAAAAGCUCAGAGGGAGCAAAACGGAGCAGCCUUAAACCCACAAAACAUCAAGUGGUGCUCUUCGACAGUGAGAAAUACUCUGAGAGGGAAGAGAGCAAGGAGAGAACUGAAACUGAGAAAGAGGCAGCAACUGAAGGAGGAGAGGAAAAAAACCAAACAGGACUGUGUGAACAAGCCCUGUAUGAGCCUGUUGACUUUGCACAAAGAAGUCCAAGGCCAGAAUCAGAAGAUGAAGUGCCGUCCAGGGGACACAAGCACAAGUGCGACUGGACACUGACUGCCCUCUGCAUGGACGAGCAUAACUUAACUGAAGAAUCUGCAAAGUGUAAAUUUUGUAGCGGUCCUGAAAAGCCGGUCCCAACAGUGGUGGAUCUGAAGGAACAACCCCAUGAAAAUUUCUUCUGCUGCAGGCGCUAUAAGGAAAUAUUUGAUACUGUGAUCCAAGAGCUGAUGAGUGAAGAUGAAAUAGAGAAAGAGAUUGACAUAGCUCCUCAUCCCCACCGUUCCCAAACAGAGUUGCGAUGUGACAUCAAAACAGAACUGCUGCGACAGUUAAAUGAGGAAGGCUUUGAGAACUACAGGGAAAUAUUUCAGCAGUAUCUGAGAUUUGCUGCCUGGGGCAAAAUUUCAUUUAGACUCUCAGAAGAAAAUGAAUACACCGUCAGACCACUGACCGCUCCUUCCAAGAAGCAUCGACGAACGUCAGCACCUCCAGAAGACCUGCUUGAGCUGGACCAUGAUUUUGUUGCAGAGCACUUAAAGCACUGCCACUCUCUCGAGCCUGUAACAAGAUAUUAUCCUGAUGGACAGACAUUUCUUCUUCUUCUUCCAGAUGGAACUGGUCAGGUUUAUUACCCAUCAGGCAACAUGGCCGUUCUGAUCACAUAUACCAAGGGAACCCAGUUUACGUACUUUAUCCUCGAGGACAACAGGUUCACAGGGAUCAGAGCUUUCUUUGCGAACCGCGGCUGCGCAGCGUGCUGCCACCCCAAUGGCCACAUCUGGUACAGUACAAGAUUGGGGUUGCCAGCCCCCAAAAGCAUAACUCUGAUCCUGUGGGGAGCCCCACAGCAGGCCUCCCACGCGAGCAUGCAGACACCCUGCCAAACCCAUGCUCCGGCCCCACUCGAGGGGGCUCAGCUCCCUCGGGUGGCUUCACGCGGUGGGGCCGGGGUGGGAAGGCCGCCACACUGGCUGUGCCUGCGACAAGCCUUGGCACAAGGCACUGCGUUUGUCCCCAGGGUCACCCUGGAUCUCUGCGCCGGGAUCUGCUUUCACCAGGAAGGGACGAGCCAGAAGCGCUGGAACUGGUGGGACUUCAGCCCUCACAUUCACAGCCCUCCUUUUCAGUCCAUCUUCGUGAAGCUGAACAGUCACAUCACCAUUAAAAUUGUGGCUCAGGAUCAAAUUUACUUAACAUUUAUCAACCACAGUGACCACAUCCAUUUCAAUGUGGGCGCCCGACUCAAGUUGAAGGACACAGAGACGAGGCACUUACUUAAACGGCCAGAAAGCGAGGCGGAGCUCUUCCUUCAGUCCAAAAAGAUUCAGCUCAAGAGCCUGCUAUUGAAAAUACAAACAAAAUUGCAUCGCUUUUGGCACUCCCUCCCUCAGUGAGUUCACUCCUUGUCUUUUGUCAUCUACUAUCUGCGUGAAAUGCUGAAAUGAAGACAUAGAGACUUGAAGCCAGCACUUACGUUGGCAUUUCAGAUUAGCUUUUUCUUCAUCAAGGCAGUAGCAGUCAGUCACGUUGCUAUGAAAAUAAAGCUCCUUUUUUCAAGCUCACAGUGCCUAUCUUCCUGUACACUGAGU